AUGUCGCGAUAUCCCAUGCCGGGCGAGGGGGAUUAUUGGCCUCAUAAUGAUAUACAACUCAACCACGCAGACGUUAUCGGCGCCGACGACGGCGACAACAAUUGGGAGGCUGCAUUGUCCCCCAGCGAUGGGUACUUUGGCGGUCCUUUGUUGGGAGAGGCAGAGACAGUGCCACGAGCCUUAUUACCCGACGUUUGGGUUCUGGACCCGUCGCUGCAGAGGAGCCACCAUGAUGGGGAUUUCAGUUAUCAUUGGCAGGGGAGCGCUGCCGGGGCGCCGGACAGGGGUCAGGGUGGUGUUCUGAUGGACGGCGGGCGGGCCCUGACUCGGGGUUGGUCUGAGCUGCAGCCGCGGCCCCCCAGUUUUCCACAUGCUGCAUCCAAUCCAUCCAGGAUUUGCGGCGGCAACGAUGAUGUUUCUGCUGCUAUUGUAGUUGCUGGUGAUAUUACUCAACGUUCGGAUCGGCGUCGCGAUGGCAACGUCGAAAUAUACAAUUUCGACUCCGGAUCUGCAUUCGAACGAAGUGAGACGGCGGCUGUUGCUGCUGGGUGCGGCAUAGGAUUGACGGCGAUAACGGCUGGUGGCGGCCACCAAAGUUUGGUCCACCAGCCCGUACCGAAGAAGACUACGACUACGACUACGACGACGACGACAGGAGAAGAGGCACCACCGCCCGCAUACUCACCACGGAGUGACUAUAAUUACGAAUACUACUACUACCAUCAACGUCGUCACCAACCACAGAACCUCAGAAACUACAACACAUUUGCGAUGAGAGAAGGAGGAGGACGCGACAGUGAAGAUGAAGCCUCGGGGCUCUUGUCUUCCCCCCGGCCCCGUGGGCCGGCUAGCGGAGAGAGGCAGGGUUUGUUGAUGGACAAUCAGACGACGGCGAGGUCGCCGCAGAGCAUGGGCGGAGAGGUGGAUGUGGACGAUGUCGAGCCGGCGAGGUGGCGGCCGGCAAAGAGGAGGGCGCCGCUGCUGCGGUCCAGGACUUGCCAGAUGUUGUUGAUAGCGAUCGCGUUUGCUGCGAUCGUGCUAGGGUUCAUUGGGGCUUAUUUGAACUCUGCAUCGGCGCGGACGACUAAUAUCAUCGAGUCAUCUGGUCAGCCUAUAAAGUCACAAUCAAGUCUUGGAGAUCCAGAACCAAGUGAUACAUCAACAAAAGUACAAAGUCAACAAGAACCGACGAUGCAGUAUCCUCCCUUUGACGGGGAAAUUAUAUUUCCGGCCAAAUCGGGAUGCGCCACUGGCAAGGCCGUCAGCAAGGAGACGUACCCUUUUAUCACCGGUGAUGCGUAUUCUCUGGUGCUCUUACAAAAAGCCGAAGGAGAGGACCAGUCGCAGCCAGGUGUGCCCAUCAAGAUCUAUGGCGAUGUGUUGAUCCGGAGGACGACGGACGCGCCCGAGAUGGUCAUUGAGAUCCAGGGCAACGACGAUAGCGUCCAGGUCAAACAGGAGUGGGACUCGCGGGCGCAGAAACUUAUACUUACCGCCCCAAACAGGGUACAGGGCCGAACCCAGCCUCCUUGCCUGCACAUCCGGGCGACCAUAUCUCUGCCCAAGGGCGCGAGGCUCGACAGCAUCAAUGUAGAAGUGCUGCAUCUCAACAUCCAUCUGCUCGACAACCUCGACCUGGGAGUGCUCAAGAAAGCCGAGCUUAGCACAAUCAUCGGCUCCGUAGCGUGCGCCACCGCAACACGGGACGAAAACGAAUUGGUCAAGCUGGGGCAGGGCGGGGCUCCACCUUUCUUCCGCUUCGAGGCGAGGUCGAUCUACGCCACAGCCUCGAGCGGACCCAUCAGUGGUGCCUGGCCAUUAUACGACUACCUCCGCCUUGACACCCUGUCGGGCACGGUGAAGGUGGGAAUCGAGCCCAAGCCCGUGCUGGAAUCAGACCCACGAGUAGCUACGCUCGUUAUCCGUUCGACAUCGGGCAACGUUGAAUUUUGGGAGCCGGUAUACCAGGCACGCCAAGCGCUGCUGGCGCAACAGGAUGCGGCAGGCAAUGGGCUCGCACAGCAAGGAAUGACGCGAUCCGCCGUCGAAAUCAUACCUCCGAGGGAGUAUGAUAUCAACGUGGGCACGACCUCGGGCGAUAUCAAGGGCGCGGCCGCCUUCAGCUACUCGGCCAAGCUGCACUCGACAAGUGGAAACAUCGCAGUCGACAUGCUCGCCGUCUUGCCGGCCGAACUAGGAAUCAUGGGAAGCACGGCCGCAGAGGGCCAAAAACAAAGCCUUCUGCAAACUACAUCUACCAGUGGCGGCACGGUCGUGAGGGUGCUUGAGCCGUUUUGGUGGAGCGCGGACACGGGCGUGUACUCUACAGCCCUCGAAGGUGCAUCGGCGCGUGUGCCUCAACCAUCUCUACCGAGCCCAACGCCUCCAAGCACCCCGUCCUCAGAAGACCCUGAGCGGGGGAUCGUGGUCCCCAUCGUCAACGGCCGACCGGGAGAUGAGUCCAACGUGCCGUCUGGCAACCCUUCGAUCAUCAUACCGUCGGGCUUGGCACUGCCGACCAUCACCCCCCGCGCACCGCAGCUGCAGACGGCCGAGGCCGCAGCGGCGCAGCAGCAGCAGGCACAGGCGGCCGCGAUGGCGGUGUCCAAGUACUUGCGCACGCUGCAGUCGCGGCACAGCACCACGUCGGCGGCCGUUGCCGUGCGGUACCCGGCGUCGUGGCGCGGCGACAUUGACGCCACCGACAUGUCGGGCCGCAUCAAGGUCUGGGGCAAGGACGUCGUCAUACUCGACCGGACGAGCAACCGGCCCGGGGUCAACAAGCACGUCGCGGCGCGCAAGGGAGACCAGGAGGCCGGGGACGCUAGCAGCAUGGUGGUGCAGAGCAUGAGCGGCAAGAUCGACAUUGGCAUAGGGAAGAGGCGUUGA